AUGAAAGAGCCCCGGAUUUUCCCGAGAGAGCGGCCGACUCCUUGGACUCGUGCUUCCCUGCCACCUCGAGGACGGCUGGACAGUUCCCUGGGACCACAGGGGGGGCAGGGUCCUGGUCUGAACACUCGCCACCCCCUGGGCAUGGCCUCAGAUUCCUUCCUUAGGGCCACUGGUUCUCUUGGUGGAAAUCUGGGCCCGUUUCCAAGGAACCCUUCUUCUUUUCCAACUUCAUCAGGCUCGUUGGCUUCAAAUCCAGCACCUUUCCAUGGCGGUGCUCGUGACUCAAGCAUGGCUGCUUUUCCCAGGGGGAUGAAUCCCUCUGCCGCAGGCUCGGUUUCUUUCUCGAGGCCAGGUGGCCUCUUGGGCCCAGGGCCAGGGCCAGCUCUAAACCCUAGGGCAGGGGCUCUUCCGGGCCCAGGGCCUAUGUCCAACCCGAGGUUAGGGGGUCUCCCAGGGCCAGGUCCUAUGUCCAGCUCAAGGGCAGGUGGUCUCCUGGGAACAGGACCUGACUCCAGAAGUGGGGGCCCCAUGGGCCCUGGAUCUGGACCCAAUCUGAGAACCGGUGGUCUCUUGACUCCUGGGAAUGGCCCUUCCAAUAGUAGGCCCAUUGGCCUGGGCCCUGGACCAAGUCCCAAUCUGAGAUCAGGCUUCAUGGGUACAAACCCUGCCCCAAGGUCGGGUAUGUUUCCAGGCUCUGGCCUUGGGCCCAACCCAAGAGCAAGUGGUCUAGACCCAGGCCUUGGGCCCAACCCAAGGGCUGGUGGCCUGGGCCCAAGCCCUAACAUGGACACCAGAGCAGGUGGCCUCUUGGGCACAGGAUCUGGUCUAAACUUAAGAAUGGCUGGACCUCAAAACCUAGAUCUUGCCCCCAUUCUAAGAGCAGCAGGUCUUUUAGGAGCAAAUUCCUCCUCUUUCUCACAGGCUUCUGGAAACAUGGGCACAAACCCAUCUUCCAUGGCAAGAGUACCUGGCUCCAUAGGCCCAAACUUGGGUCCUGGCUCUCGGGGAAUUGGCCUUUCAGGGCCAAAUCCAUCUCCCAUGUCGAGGGCUCCUGGCCCCAUGGGCCCUAAUUCAGCUAAUUUUUCAAGGCCGGCUGGCCCCAUGGGGGUAAAUGCUAAUCCCUUUCCAAGGGGGACAGGUUCGGGGGCACUGAACUCAGCUGCCUUCUCUCAGUCUUCUGGAACAUUGGCUUCAAAUCCAUCUAACUUUCAGAGGUCUGCUGGCUUCCAGGGUUCAAAUCCAGCAAUUUUCCCAAGAGCCUCUGGGCCACUAGGACCCAACCCAGCUAAUUUCCCAAGAGCCCCUGGUUUGGGUCCAAAUCCAACUACCUUCCCAAGGUCUACUGGCCCACUAGGCCCUGGUCAAGUUCCUUUCCCCAGGUCAGCUUCUGGGCCUCUGGGCUCUUCUGCAGCAGGCUCUGUGGGUAUCAACCCAGCUCCUUUUGCAAGGCCAACUGGGAAUCUGGGUCUAAACCCAGCUUCCUUUCCAAGGAUGAAUGGUCCUGUAAUGAAGACUGUGGUCCCAUUUCCUAGAGUGGGUAGUCUCCCUGGCACAAACGCAGCUGCUUUCCCCAGACCAGGGGGUCCAAUGGCUGCAAUGUACCCAAAUGGAAUGUUACCCCCUUAA